UGAGUAAUCGUCCACCUUUCUUUCCCUGUGUUGCGUGUGUGUGUGUUUGCGUGUGUAUAUCGAUAUACCAGUUUAGAAGAAAAUACCGUCCCAUUUACAUGAUCGCUGUUGAGAAAGUGAAAAUGAAACCGCUAAAAAUGCAUCUACUCGCGGCUUGCAUCGCCAUCGUAAGCGUCCUCCCUGCGCAGGGAUUAGAGAUCGAGCAUCCGCACAGCUUCUCGACGUUCAAACGGGGCGUAAUGCUUAGCGAUGUGUCGUACAGCUAUUCCUCCACCGACAUGGGAUCACCGGAGAGCGGGCGCUACAAGACGGUAACGGUGAUCAAGAACAUUGCCGUGCCGAAACCGACCAGUACCAUGUUCAGCGAUCGUUCGGAACACUAUUAUGACGCUGUGGAGAAAACUUCGGCCACCGGAACGACGCAGAAAAAGCGAACACACGUCGAAUAUUGGCCACCGAAGGCGGAGAAUCAAGUAGCGCAUCGGCUGAAGCUGGAGCAGGACUUUCACAAGGUCAGCAAUACCCACCGUCCGAAAGGCAACGACCGCCAACACCAAAAGCAGCGCCACCACAGUCGACAGGAGAUCCUGGCAACACCCACCAAGCCGACCUACAACAAACCCGCUGAAAUUCAAGAGCAGCCCCAGGAAGAACCGCAACAUCCGGUAGAUCUGCUCGAGCUGGCCAAAUCGGCAGCGAAAACGCUCGCGGAAAAGGCAAAGGUUGCGCCGGGCGAAAACACGGGCCCGGUAACGUUUCCCUCCAACGCAAUGACGAUGAAAAAGCAGAACGGUAUCGUUAGUGUGGCCAAUGAGUACACCAGCAUCCUGACGACGGAUCAGAACGAUCGUCAACCGAUCGUGAGCAAGCUGCGUACCAAGGUGGAUCCUCCGACGAAAGUACCCACGUACUCAUCAACCACCUCCUCGAGCGAGGCGCAGGAGAUCAAGCUAAAGGAUCUCGAACAGUCGGAGUACGUGUUUAACCACAAGACGGGUAAGUUCGAGUUCCGGACCGCUUCGAAAGCACCGAAGGCAGUGCAGGAGUAUCUGCGUGGUACUCCUUACGUUUUCCGGGAAGAAUCCAUGUCUGCCAAGGAGCAAGAGACACCUAACAGCAGCAACACGUACAGCACUCCGUCGGAGUUACUGUUUGCCGAGUUGCACAAUGCCGUCGUCACGCGGAACGUCACAAUGAUCAAGUCGCUUGCCAGCCAGCUGGAGGAAACGUUCAACAUCGGCAAGCUUGACUUUGAGUCGCUCAAAACCGAAAUGGAUGGUGGUCGGCGCACCACCGAAGAUCCGAUGAUGGUAGCAAUGGCCGAAACAACCACCGUCAGAUCGUCGUUCGAUUUCGGGUACGGAAAUUAUGCCGAAACGACUACGACGAUGGUGAACUAUCCGGAAGCUACGACCGAGGCGAUGGUGGCCAGUACCACGAUAAAAGCGCCCGUUAUGAUGCUGAUGACAACCACGAAGAAACCGCUUCGCUACAUUGCACCGAAGCUUCGUGGUUUCAAGCGAUUCUCGUCCAAGCGACAGAACCAGUGAUGCCCCCCGUCCAGUUCCUUGCAGCCGGAACCUACCCAAGCCAAACGUUUUAAAAGAACGAUCAAAGCAAAGUAUUUAUUUUUAAGGGGACCAGACAACUGGACGAGUUUUCCAAGUGUUGUGAAUUUGGACUUAGCUCUACUGACCUACAAUUGCAUGAUGUAUGAAUAUAAAACACCGUGAUAUGCACCGCUGGGCACUAUUCUCUUACACAGGACAGAAGGCAUUCUCAUUAUCGAAUAAAUCAUUUAAAUAAAUCUACCCUCUCUGAAACAUUCUCUUCGACUCAGCGCGUUGAAAUUCAUUUCGGCCCCUCAUUCUAGAAGUAUUGAGGAAGGCCACAACAAACUGUUCCACACAGUAGAGCAUUUCAUUUCGGACUACACGAUCGAUAUAAUGUUUGGAAUUAGUUGUUUUCAUGAAUAUUAGGAAAACAUCACUUCUUUUCUCUUUGCAUCAUUCAUUUCUUACCUCGAUAAACACGAUUCCUUUUGCUUUGUUGUGAUUAUAACAUGUGAUAUAAAGAACAUGACUCAAGCAGGAAUCCAUUCGAACAACAAUCAGAGCGAACACAUUAACGCAAAAAGAAAUGAUACUUUCAAGAUACAAAGGAAAACGAUGCACCUGUACAGUUAAAACGUUUCUUUGUUUAUAUUUGAUGUGUGAGAACAUAUUUGCUUAAAAAAGAUAAAAAUUAAAAAUACACACAACUCGGGGCGGGCUUAAAUCACAAAUAGCCAUAUGCGAAACAAAUCGGGCAAAGUAAGCCAUGAUUCUUCAGCGGUACAAGAACCAAAACUGAUGGAGUUGGACCGGGAUUUGAACGGUGCCCUUGGAGGUUCAGCUGAAGCGAUUCUACGCACGCGUCAACGUCCAACAUCAAUAGACGCACUGGGAAAGCAUGAUGCCGGUCAUCUUAACAACCUCCUUUUGCAACCAAGUGAUUAACAUAUUACUUUAUCAUAAUUCUGCGAAACAUAAGUCUAUGCGAAAGUCCCAAGCGAUUAACUUACUGAGCGGUCGAUCCUGCCUACAAUACUUACUUACGAACCGCAUUUUAAUUUAAUUUUAGGCAACUUUCCCGAUGGUCGAUGGUGUACGCAUUCCAGCGAAUCAAAAUUACAACCAAAACGACCAUUCGGCCAGGGGCUAGACCACUCACUGCAGCAGGAAGAAACCUCCGAAGAGAAGAUACGGAUAUGUAACGAUGCAAGGGCAUCGCACCACCGCCAUCACCACCACCAUCGCACCCUUCCUUCUCGAAUGAUUUCCUUCUUAUGAAUAAGAAACUAUUCUUUAUUCGUUUUACAAAUCGACACAACCCUAGUUAUUUUUACACAUCCCAGCUCACACGUUUCUUUUUGCUACAGCUUUUGCUGCUACAACAUUUCACUUAUUUCAAAAGAAUUAAACUAUACGGUUCGCUCGCACGCGACUCGCACACACUCACACACACACACGCACGGCGCACUUCCCAAACUCCCAAGGACGCCUCUUACGUGACGACGUAGAAAAAGAAGUAAUUUUGUGCUUUAUUCGUCAUUCGACUUACCGCAACACUAGUUUCAAUGGCUGUGCCACACACUUUUCUAACGUUUCGCUAUCUUUUCAACUGUUCGCUCCGCCUAAAGCCACCGUAAAGUACGUUUUCCUGCGCUGCUUAAAGAUGGCGACGUCUGGCAACGAAAA